GUGAUACAAAGCACUAGGCAAAAAUUUCAAUAACAUAAAAUUUUAUAAAAUGGUGUUCUUUGAAAUGAAAAAGUUUAACGUGUUAUUAGUACUACUUCUCUACGUUAAGUUUACCAUUUGUGAUAUUAACUAUAACCUGAAUCUGAUACAAAAAAAUGAUUUUGGCUAUAACGGAGAGGCAUAUCUUAACCCUUAUCCCAGAGAAUGCUUUGAGAUCUUAGAGGCUUUCGCUGCUCAUGCCUCAAAUUUUACAUCAUGCUCUAUCUUACACGCGCGGCCAAUAAGGCUGUGUGAGAAGUGUGUAGACAACUAUAUACACUUCCAUGCUAAGUAUCAAGAACUGUUGAAAACAGUUAUCAAUGGCACGUCUUGUGGCUCUCUGUUUAUGGCACAAGACAGACUCAACACAAUCAAACAGCAACAUGACAGUUUACUUACCAUUUGGGACGGAGGACAUUGUAACACAUGUUUUGACUGGGGAACAAAUGGACCUGAGCUUAAAAAUGACACCAAGAACUUUAUAAAAAAGUUUAACAACACUAUGGAGUGUAUCAUCAGCAAUUUGGGUCCGGAGGAUGACAUAGUGUGUGAAAAAUGUAUGAGCACUUAUAUUGAUCUCGAUGAAUUUUACAAAAGCCUUAGCGAAGAUUCUAUUGGGGUUGACAGUGUAUGCAUGGAUAUUGUUGAUUCUAUGAAUACAACAAGAUCUAUAUGGAGUAAGACUUUGAAGUGCUGUGGACUACGAAAGUCGCCAGAAAUAUUUUUCUUAUGCUGUACUGGAAUAAUUUCAAGUUUACCAUUGAUAUUUUAUUUGGCAGUAAGAUUUUGUAGACCUGUUGGAGGUUUACAAGUUACAGUACUCAAAGAUUCAAGAUUCAAACAGUACUUCUCUGAAAACUAGUUAAGUUUAAGGACAUUUUCUAGAAGUGACAGAUUAUUAUUAAUGUAAAAUUAUGUAUU